UUGAUCCUCAAAAAAAUCCCAAAAUUCUCAGAGAAGAUGUCUUCAUACACACCCAAGAACAUUCUCAUCACCGGAGCUGCUGGUUUCAUUGCCUCCCAUGUCGCGAACAGACUCAUAAGAACCUACCCUCAUUACAAGAUCGUUGUCCUCGACAAACUCGACUACUGUUCCAACCUCAAGAACCUAAACCCUUCGAGAAACUCACCCAACUUCAAGUUCGUGAAAGGAGACAUCGCAAGUGCUGAUCUUGUCAACCAUCUUCUUAUCACCGAAGGUAUCGACACUAUCAUGCACUUCGCUGCUCAGACACAUGUUGAUAACUCGUUUGGUAAUAGUUUCGAGUUUACUAAGAACAACAUCUAUGGGACUCAUGUGCUUCUCGAGGCUUGUAAGGUUACUGGUCAGAUACGGAGGUUUAUUCAUGUGAGUACUGAUGAGGUUUAUGGUGAGACUGAUGAGGAUGCUCUUGUUGGUAACCAUGAGGCUUCUCAGCUUCUUCCGACGAAUCCUUACUCUGCUACUAAGGCUGGUGCGGAGAUGCUUGUGAUGGCGUAUGGGAGGUCUUACGGGUUGCCUGUGAUUACAACUCGUGGGAAUAAUGUUUAUGGUCCGAAUCAGUUUCCUGAGAAGCUGAUUCCGAAGUUUAUUUUGUUGGCGAUGAGAGGGAAGGUUCUUCCGAUUCAUGGAGAUGGGUCUAAUGUGAGGAGUUAUCUUUACUGUGAAGAUGUUGCUGAGGCGUUUGAGGUGAUUCUUCACAAGGGUGAGGUUGGUCAUGUUUAUAAUAUUGGGACUAAGAAGGAGAGGAGGGUGAAUGAUGUUGCUAGAGAUGUUUGCAAGCUCUUCAACGUUGACCCUGAGAAGAGUAUUAAGUUUGUGGAGAAUAGGCCUUUUAAUGAUCAGAGGUACUUCCUUGAUGAUGAGAAGCUGAAGAAGUUGGGGUGGUCUGAGAGGACAACGUGGGAAGAAGGUUUGAAGAAGACUAUGGAGUGGUAUACUCAGAACCCUGAGUGGUGGGGUGAUGUCUCUGGAGCGUUGCUUCCUCAUCCAAGGAUGCUGAUGAUGCCUGGUGGGAGACACUUUGAUGGUUCUGAGGAGAGUUCUUUGGCAGCAGCUUCGGUGUCAGACAAGCCGAGUCAGACCCACAUGGUGGUUCCAAGCACAAGGACAGCACAGAAGCCUUCUCUCAAGUUCUUGAUAUAUGGGAAGACAGGAUGGAUCGGUGGUUUGCUUGGGAAGCUAUGUGAGAAGCAAGGGAUUGCUUAUGAGUAUGGGAAAGGAAGGUUGGAGGAUAGAGCAUCUCUUCUGCAGGAUAUUUUGAGCGUUAAGCCAACUCAUGUUUUCAACUCAGCUGGUGUCACUGGGAGACCUAAUGUUGACUGGUGUGAGUCUCACAAGACAGAGACUAUCCGUGCUAAUGUAGCUGGAACUUUGACUCUAGCUGAUGUCUGUAGAGAGCAUGGCCUCCUGAUGAUGAACUUCGCUACUGGUUGUAUAUUUGAAUAUGAUGAGAAGCAUCCUGAAGGUUCAGGUAUUGGCUUCAAGGAGGAAGACACUCCCAACUUCACUGGCUCUUUCUACUCAAAAACCAAAGCCAUGGUGGAGGAGUUGUUAAAGGAGUUUGACAAUGUAUGCACAUUGAGAGUAAGGAUGCCAAUCUCUUCAGAUCUAAACAACCCACGCAACUUCAUCACCAAGAUCUCAAGGUACAACAAAGUAGUGAACAUCCCAAACAGCAUGACCGUGUUGGACGAGCUUUUACCAAUCUCCAUCGAGAUGGCGAAGAGGAACUUGAAAGGGAUCUGGAACUUCACAAACCCAGGUGUGGUGAGUCACAACGAGAUCCUAGAGAUGUACAGAGACUACAUCAACCCUGAGUUCAAAUGGGCAAACUUCACGUUAGAGGAGCAAGCUAAAGUCAUUGUAGCUCCAAGAAGUAACAACGAGAUGGAUGCUUCUAAGCUCAAGAAAGAGUUCCCUGAGCUACUCUCCAUCAAGGAGUCUUUGAUCAAGUAUGCAUUUGAGCCAAACAAGAAGACUUGA